GGUUUGGGAUGGUCUCUGUGUAGCGGUCUUCUACUGUUAUUGAUGUUUUUUUCCUCGACAUUUCAAUGGUAACUGUCCUGUCAAACGUCUAAUCAGCACCGAGGAGCCGAGAAGUGUAUGAGAAUGGAGACUGAGGAAAAAAACCCGGACCCUAAAUACGGGGAGUCCAGGAAGUUUGACCCAAACUUCAAAGGACCGAUCCACAACAGGGGCUGCACAGAUAUCCUCUGCUGUAUUCUCUUCAUCUUGGCCUUGUUGGGGUACUUUGCUGUCGGUAUUGUUGCCUGGUCUCAGGGCGACCCCAGGAAAGUGAUCUAUCCCACGGACAGCCGGGGGCAGUUCUGUGGACAAGCUGGUACUCCUCUGGAGAAGAAGCCUCUUCUGUUUUACUUUAACAUCCUGAAGUGUGCCAGCCCUCUGGUGCUGCUGGAGUUCCAGUGUCCCACCACGCAGUUAUGUGUGGAAACCUGUCCUGACCGCCACAUGACGUUGGUGAAAGCCAAGGUAGGCAACAAAGAAGACCAUGAAUACUACAAGAAGUACUGUAAGGAUGGAGUGGACUUUGGCAAAUUGAGUCCUCCUGAGAUCCUAAGGGAAGGCUUGUGUCCGGCCAUGCUGAUGCCCAGUAAAGCCUUCACGCGGCGCUGCCUUCCUGCUUUGGGAACGAUGAAAGGCGGGGUGGUGGUGGUGGGCAACGAGACCUCUUUGGAUGCUGGAGAGGGCACCAACAUCAACGCCACGGAUGUGCUGGAGGCGUCAAAGAAGUCAAAUAUGGUUGUUGAAGCUCGCCAGGUGGCCAUGAGAAUCUUUGAGGACUACACUCAGUCUUGGCACUGGAUAUUGCUCGGUCUUGUGAUUGCCAUGCUGGUCAGCUUGGUUUUCAUCGUCCUGCUGCGAUUCUUGGCUGGCAUCAUGAUCUGGGUCAUGAUUGUUUUGGUUAUUCUCGUCAUCGGAUAUGGGAUUUUCCACUGUUACAUGGAGUUUGCGAGUCUGAAGGGAGAGCCGGGCUCUAAUGUCACUAUCCGCGAUCUGGGCGUGCAGACGGACUUCUCUGUGUACCUGCAGAUCAGACAGACCUGGCUGGCCUUCAGUAUCAUCCUGGCUAUUGUAGAGUUCUUCAUCAUCCUGCUACUCAUAUUCCUCAGGAAGAGACUUAUGAUUGCCAUCGCCCUCAUCAAAGAGGCUAGCAGAGCUGUUGGGCACGUCAUGUCAUCGCUGUUCUACCCCAUCCUGACCUUUGCCCUGCUCUCUGUGGUGAUCGCCUACUGGGCCAUCACUGCUGUCUUUUUGUCCACCUCUAAUGAUCAGGUGUACAAAGUAUUCAACAACUCAGAGUGCGAGUACUCACGAGACACCUGCGACCCCAAGACGUUCAACAUCUCCAACGUUUCAUCUCAGUGUCCUGAUGCCGAGUGUCUGUUUGCCUUCUAUGGUGGAGAGACCCUCUACCACAAAUACCUCAUCCUGUUCCAGUUCUACAACGUUUUCCUCUUCUUCUGGUGCGCCAACUUCGUGACGGCCCUGGGCCAAGUCACUCUGUCAGGGGCCUUCGCCUCCUAUUACUGGGCCUUCAAGAAACCCGACGAUAUUCCCGCCUUCCCCAUCUUCGCCUCGCUUGGACGGGCUCUCCGAUACCACACUGGCUCUCUGGCUUUUGGCUCUCUGAUCCUCUCCUUUGUUCAGGCCAUCAGGGUCCUUCUGGAGUACCUGGAUCACAAGUUGAUGGGUGCUCAGAACAAGUGUGCUAAAUUCCUGCUGAGCUGCAUGAAGUGCUGCUUCUGGUGUCUGGAGAAAUGUAUCAAGUUCCUUAACAGGAAUGCCUACAUCAUGAUUGCCAUCUAUGGAAAAAGUUUCUGCCCUUCUGCUAAGAAUGCCUUUUUCCUGCUUAUGAGGAACAUCAUCAGGGUGGCUGUUUUAGAUAAAGUGACUGACUUCCUGCUGUUCCUUGGGAAGCUCCUCAUCGUUGGAAUCGUUGGCAUCUUCUCUUUCUUCUUCUUCUCCGGGAGAAUCAAAGCUGUAGAGGAGGCUGCUCCAUCUCUCAACUACUACUGGGUGCCAAUAAUGACGUUGGUAGUGGGAUCCUACCUCAUCGCCCAUGGCUUCUUCAGCGUGUACGCCAUGUGUGUGGACACACUGUUCCUCUGCUUCUGUGAGGACCUGGAGAGAAACGACGGCUCGUCAGACAGGCCUUACUUCAUGUCGCCCGAGCUGCACGAGAUCCUCUCCAAAGCCAAGAGGGUGGAGGAAGACCACGAUGGGGUCGAGCAGGGGGAUUCUGCUGAUCCUGCAAAGCCAAUGGAUGAGGUGAAACUGGAGGAGGAGACCCCUCUUCAACAACAAGACGGAGAAAUCCAACUGAAACAGCAGACGGUGCUCAAGCAGGAAAAUGAGGAGGAGCAGCCUCUGCAGGCCACGACUGAUACCGAAGAGCCACAACAGGAGAACAAAGAAGAAGAAAAAGUCAGUCAGGUUGAGGAGGCUGAAAAGAAAGAAGAAGCAGAGGUGGCAAAGCAGGAAGAAAAAACCGAGGAGGCGCCACCUCCCGCUGCGGAGGCUGAGAAAGAAGAGACCGCUGAUAAAAAAGAGGAAUCUUUGGAAGAUAGUCCUCCUUCUGCACCACAGGAGUAAACAGUAAUGCAAGGGCAAAUAAGUAAGGCUUGGUUAACCUCAAAAAGUACUGUAUCUACAACGUGAUGUGAUGUGGGCAUGUUAAAUGUGCGGCAUACAACAAAAGCUAAAUAUUUCCGAUGUGACAGCUUGGAGGAGGCCAAAGAAGGUCAAAAGCCCAGUUGCAUCUCUGUAGCUUGAACAAAAAACGCUCUCUCGUGUUGGUUUUAGAACAGUGUUGGUUUUUAUAUAUUGUGAAGAUCUGUAGAACGUUGUGAGUGCUGAACCUGUGCCUGAUUGCUGUCACUGAUAUUUGUUGUCUUAAUCCUGUUAAACGAUGCACUGCAGAACCACUACGUACCGUGUUUACAGCCGGAACACACUCAUGUCAAUCGAUGGUGAAUCUCUUUCACUGUUUACAAUAAUACCAGCUGACCAGCCAAAAUGUUACAGACAUAUUUGAUAGACUGUAUGAAUAUUGGAUCUUUUUUUUUUCCUAUGAAACGUGUAUAUAUAAAGUAGUGUUCUUCUAUUACGAUUUGUUUCAGCUUCAGUCUUGUAGAGAUACAAGAUGGGAUCCGAUGUAUUGUAUUGCCACCCACUUGCCUUGGUAUUUUUGACUGAUGUAAGUGCUGUUAGUGUCGCCAUGACGCAGCCUCUCUUUGGACCCCCCCCCCAAAAAAAAAAUGUUUACUAACCCAACCUGCAUUGCUCUGUCCCUCUCCCCUCUGUCUCUCUGCUGCAUGGUGUUGACAUGGCCUUCUGAAUGCUCGCAACUAGCAUCACAACUCUCUGGAUGCUUUUGUACACUUUGUUUCUCUUUUGUCGCCUUGUGUAAGAUGUAAGUUACUGAUUGAUGACAUUCCAUAUUUAUCGGAUGUAAAUCUUGAUUAAAGGUGAUUGUAUUUAA